UUUAGGCAAAUGAAAAUGAGAGCUGGAGAGGUCCUUAUAGACUGCUUAGAUUCUGUUGAAGAUACCAAAGGAAACAAUGGAGACAGAGGUAGACUCCUUGUGACAAAUUUGCGCAUUAUUUGGCACUCAUUGUCAUUGCCUAGAGUCAAUCUCUCUGUUGGUUACAACUGCAUUAUAAAUAUAACUACAAGAACUGCCAACUCAAAAUUACGAGGACAGACAGAAGCUCUGUAUAUAUUGACUAAGUGUAACAAUACACGGUUUGAGUUCAUAUUUACCAAUGUUGUUCCUGGGAGUCCCAGGCUCUUCACUUCAGUUAUUGCUGUGCACAGAGCUUAUGAAACUUCUAAAAUGUAUCGUGAUCUGAAGCUUAGAAGUGCAUUGAUUCAAAACAAGCAACUGAGAUUAUUACCACAAGAACAAAUAUAUGAUAAAAUCAAUGGAGUUUGGAAUUUAUCAAGUGACCAGGGAAAUUUGGGGACAUUUUUUAUUACUAAUGUGAGGAUAGUGUGGCAUGCAAAUAUGAACGAUAGCUUCAAUGUCAGCAUACCAUAUCUACAAAUACGGUCAAUAAAAAUACGAGACUCAAAGUUUGGCUUGGCAAUGGUGAUAGAGAGUUCUCAGCAGAGUGGGGGAUAUGUACUUGGUUUUAAAAUAGACCCCGUGGAGAAACUACAGGAGGCAGUGAAAGAAAUUAAUUCACUUCACAGAGUUUAUUCAGCUAACCCUAUUUUUGGAGUGGAUUAUGAAAUGGAAGAAAAGCCUCAACCUCUUGAAGACCUAACAGUGGAACAGGUUGAAGAUGAUGUGGAAAUAGAAGCUGAUGAACAGACAGAUGCUUUUGUGGCUUACUUUGCUGAUGGUAACAAGCAACAUGAUCGAGAGCCUGUGUUUUCAGAAGAACUAGGAUUAGCAAUAGAGAAACUAAAAGAUGGAUUCACACUCCAGGGACUCUGGGAAGUAAUCAGCUGAUUUAGAUUUUUAUGUUACUUGUUGCCUAACCAAUGAAAGACUCACCGUUCUUACUGAUUUUGUCAGCUCUCUAGAAGAUAAUUGGAAAAAAUACAAGGGUAACAGAGAAAGAACACACCAAAGUUAAAGAAUAGGCAAAUAUUAUACAAUGUAUAGUCAGGAUAUGUCAUAAAAGAAAUAUUACUGAAAAUUUCUAUAUGUGUAAAAGGUUUUUAUUUAUUAUAGUUUCUGUUAAAGUAUUCAUUUAUUUUCAUUUACUUAUAUAAAGCAGUGUACUCUCCUAUAAUGAUUAUAUCUAAAUAACUAUUUCCAUAAUUUGUUUCAUAUUGUGCAACAGAUCGAUAUAACACAGAGAAGACUUUGUAUCUAGGCAUCCUAGUUGUAUCACUGUAGCAGUACUGUAGUACUUAAAACUUUUUGACAAAAUGCUGUACUGUUCCAAAUAUUAGUUUGCAUAUCUCAUGACUUUAUGAAGUGUUUAUCACAUAACAUUCUAGGUACUUAAUUUUAAUCUAGACAUCCCUGUGCAGUUUUUUCUUUUCUAUUUUUUUGGGAAGAGCACUUUUUUCUAAUCCUCCCUUUAAAAAAAAAAAACACACACACAAAUAGCUUUUACGUCUGACUCAUUAGACCUUUAUGAAGUUAUGUGUUAGAGAGAAAUGAGUCAUUUAUUGUUUAAAGGAAGAUGCAGCUGUUACGUUUUCUAGUGGGAUAAGACCUCUGCACUAUUUUCUAUAAGUGGAAAAAGUCAAAUGAGCUGUCCUUUCAGCUGUUGUUUUAGCAGCUGACUGUUCUAGUAAAGUAAUUGUGGUGUGGAUAUCACUAUUUGUAGGAAAACUUUUCAAAGUAUAUGUUUUAAUGAAAUCUACCUAUAUUGAAAAGGUUUCAACAAACUUUCAGGAAAACUUUAGUAAUGUUAUACCUCGUUGGAGAUGCUGCUUUCAAAGAGUUGGGUUUUGAUUUUGCUUGAUUUUGAUUUUGCAAAGGAACGUUUUACCAUAUGGAUCAAGAGCAUUUUCUGCAUGGGCAAAAUACAGUCCUUCAUCAAGGCACUUUAAACAGCUUCAAAUUUAUUUUGUUUCCAUAUUACCAUUUUUAAUGAAAAUUUAAAUGUUGCCAGUCUAAAUUGUGAAACCUUCAACAUGUGCAUAAUUUUUUCUAAAUCCAUGUACUUUUUAAACUACGUACUGUUAGAUUUUUAGAGGCUUUUUUUAGUUUAAAUUCAGAUGUCUUUAGUUUUGUUAAAUAAAGUGUUCAUUAAAUAAU